UUUUUUGGGGGUUGUGUUUAGGCUUUUUUUGUUUGUGAGUUUGUUUGGGUUUUCUUUAAGCUGUUGGAGUUUGUUCUGUUCUAGUCUGCUAUUAAUAUUAGUUAAAUAUAACUAAAAGCUAGUAUUGACUUAAAGCAAAAGCAUCUGGUAAAGAGGAAGACCUAAAAUGACUUUCCUUCCAAAGUGGUUAACUUUUCUAAAAGGCAAAGAGGUUGUUAUUGCUAAUGCUGUAAUUGCGAUACUGACAAUUGGUGGGCAGCAACUUUUCUCUUUUUUUACAUUCAGCUGUCCCUGUCAUGUCGGGCAGAACCUUAUCUAUGGGCUGGCUUUCCUAGGAGCUCCUGCACUGAUCCUUCUGGUUGUUGGUUAUGCCCUGAAUAACCAGACUUGGAGGCUGGUUACAGGCAAAAGGUCUCCUCUUCAGGAAGAGGCUACACCAAACCGGUUACUGCAAUGCAAACUGAUCUGCUUUGUCUUGUGCAGCAUCACUGGGAGAGCCCUGGUUGCCCCAGUAACAUGGCUGGCAGUCACCCUGAUAAAUGGCUCAUAUUAUGUCUGUGCCAUGAGCGAGUAUGUCUCCGUGCAUUAUUAUGGAGCUAAUCCUAAUGUUACUGCUAGUGAACGCAGAAGGAUGUUGGCUGCAUUUCCCUGCAGUCAGUUAGUUCCCCCGGAGCUGAGCCGGGCAAGAGAUGAAGUGAUUCUCCUACUCCGAUACCAGUCACAAGUAGCUGGCUGGCUUCUGAUUGCUGUGGUAGUCAUCACUGUCUUCCUGUCUUACUGCCUGGCAAGCUGUUUCUCCCCACUCAGCUUUCUACAUUUCAGAUACUGGAGCAGCUAUGUCCAUAAUGAGCAGGAGCUCUUUGAUGAAGCAACAGACCAACACUCCAGGCUCUAUGCCAUGCAGCACGUAAGGAAGUUCUUUGGCUUUGUCCCAGGGAGUGAAAAUGUAAAGGAAAUCCGUAUCCCAUCUCUCAGAGAGUGGCAAGCCAUUUCUGGACUGGCCUUUCUAAAACGAGUGGAUGAGGAGCACUACGACUACAGCCUUCUCCAUGACUGGGCACUCAAGGAGUCUGCAAAUGGAAAAUAUCUGAAGACUGAUGAAGACCCUGUGAUCAGAACACAGUUCUGAGGGUUCAAGCCCCCACCAACACCUUGCAGAAAAGCAGGAACGUGUCUAGCUCCACAUCAGACCUGAGCUGCUCUGGAACUUUCCAAUGCCUUAUUACAUUGAUAUAUAAAGUACAGGAGCAAGGGCAUCUUGUUAAUGUAGUCCUUUAGCACAUCCUUACAGAUGCCUUUCCUGAUGGUGUCUGACUCCUGUGUGAUGUGAUGGUCUGUCUAGAUUAGGGUGGGCUGUUUCAAGCUGCAGCUCUCUGAUUUCUCAUACUUGUGCUAAAAGGAUGAGUAUGUACUGGGAGAGAAAGUUAUUUCCAAAUGCUUUUUUUCCUCUCAUUAAAAAAAAAAAUCUUUAAGAGCUAGACUUUGAUUGGAUCCUAUGAGUCAGUCCAUUCUGUGCAGAGCAAAAGCAGAUAUCCAGCUCUGUCUUAGUGACCCCUAGCAGAAAUGCCUUAUUUCUCCUCUUCCACAUCUUUCUUGUACUAUGUAAAUAAAAUAUACUGAACUAACUACAAGCUAAGUCUGUGGCUACAGCAGCACAGAAGAAACACAUGGGGAUACUUCACCAACAAAGGCUGAGUCUAGAUACAGUGAUGAGGGAACUUGCAAUUCUGGUAAGGAGAUAAAAUGGCCACUUUAUGGCCAGCCAUAGGAUGGAGGGGUACAACAUGUAGCAGCUGUACAAACAAGCACUUUACACCUGGAAAACUGAGUUCAAAUGUAUUCUGGGUGAAAGCAAUAGCAAGGUCGGUCUCCUACUCCUUUUAAAUAUAAUUCAACAUCUCUUAGUUGUUUGUGUGCUUGCCUACUGUACAAAUAGCGAAUCAGGAUGGGAAACAAAUCUCACUCUGUGCAGCAAGGUUUGCUUUGCCUGUGAUAAACUUAGAAUUUAGUCAUACUACUGUGCCCAUAAAUAUCCCUGUGAUUAAAAACUACUGAAUUUAGUGAAAGAAGGCUUAAUUAUGUUUUUGUGUUAAUUCAGUGUGGUAUGAUGUGAUGUUACUGCAUCUCAUCUCCUCUCUAACUCCCUGUGCAGACAUUUCUAAUGUCUAAGGGGGGAAAAAAAGGAAUAUCAUAGUUUUUUGUAAUGCUUCCUGUAUUGCCAUGUAUACAUGUACUUAUGUGUGCUACAAAGCCAUAUGCUAGAUUAUAGGAUGCUAUCUGCUGUUAAUAAAUGACCCCAGAGCGUUGAAGUGGGAAAAAUAUUUAGUACAUUUUACUAGAAAAUGCAGGAGCCAGAAAUAAGUUAAAUAGCAGAUCUUGGUAAAUGUGUUUGGUCUUGAAGACUUAAAUUUCUAAACAAAAGCAAGUACUUCAGCAAAUGCAAACGAUGUAUGUGCUGAAUAAUUGGAGAAUUAUGCGUAUUUUACAUCACUAAAAAAUUGUUACA